AUGUUUUUAUUAAGGGCUAGAUGCACCAGCCGUUUUCUAUCGAACACAUCACUGCUUCCCUGUAGACACACGAAUGGGAGACCACUAUAUCACUUACUCACAAGGCACCAGCAACAUAGAGGCAUAAUAACGUCGACUAUAGACUGGAAACCAAUCAAAACUGGUAAGAGUCCAAACGAUGAUUCCAAAAGGAAAGGAUCAUUUGGAAAGAAGAUCGUGUUGGGGUUAAUGAUUGCAAUGCCGGUAAUAUCAUUCUAUCUAGGAACUUGGCAAAUGAGGAGGUUAAAAUGGAAGACAAAGCUAAUUGCAGCGUGUGAAAGUAAGCUGACCUAUGACCCGAUACCGCUUCCUAAAACUUUUACUCCUGAGAUGUGCGAAGACUGGGAAUACCGUAAAGUUAUUCUUUCCGGACAUUUCCUCCACAGUGAAGAGAUGUUUGUUGGUCCAAGAAAGAAAAAUGGAGAGAAGGGUUAUCUCUUAUUCACGCCAUUUAUCUUGGACGAUACUGGCGACAAAUUGCUUAUAGAAAGAGGAUGGAUCAGUGAAGAAAAAGUAGCUCCUGAGUCAAGAAACUUGCAUCAUUUAUCGUUGCCUCAAGAGGAUCAUUUGAAAUUGGUCUGCUUAGUAAGGCCACCAAAGGCAAGAGGCUCAUUACAAUGGGCAAAAAAGGACCCAAAUUCUAGAUUGUGGCAAGUGCCGGACAUUUACGAUAUGGCAAAAACGUCCGGGUGUAAACCUAUCCAAUUCCAAGCCUUGUACGACAUGAAGGAUCAUCCGAUACGCGACGAAAACUCAAAGAACGCAGCUUUAUCAAAUCAAUCAACUUUUAGCUUCUGGAAAUUCUGGAAACGUGAACCUACUGAUAUCAAGACUGAAAAGAAAAAUCUUUCCGAAGGCAAGCCAAAGCCGGAGGCAACUGACCAAACAAUCGAGUUCAAUGAAUGGCAGUUCAUAAAAGCGGGUGUUCCCAUAGGUAGGAAGCCCACGAUUGAUUUGAAAAACAAUCAUCUACAGUAUUUAGUAACAUGGUACGGCCUUUCCCUUCUGAGCACGAUCUUUUUAGCCGUAGCUCUUGCGAAGGCUAAAAAGGGCGGAGUUGUGUCUCAAGACCAACUGAUCAAGGACAAACUAAAGCACACGAGGAAGUACAUGUAA